GCUGGCCGAGACAAAUGAAUAACAGCGGACCAAAGAAUUAACCACGCCAACCUGUUUGCAUGAGUGACGAGCCUGAGAUAAAACGGUUAUGCCCCUGGAGGCUGAGUCUGGUUAAAGUCAGCUUCUUCCUCGUACGUUGCUAGCUAAACAGCUAACAGUUGAAGAUCGACGUGUGUGCUCAUUGAGAAUCGUUAGUCUCAAACUAACUAACUUGUACUAAUUAGUAUGUAGUAAACCGUUUACCAUGGCGCAAGGCAGCUGCACACAACCUAGGUAGUGUGCGUCUCCCAUCAGGCGGGGUAUAAAUGUCAUGUUAUUAACUGUUGACUAUUGAUACAGGUUAGGUUUACAAAGGUUAACUAGGUGUAUUAACUAGAGACAGGUUGGGUGAGGAGCAGAGGAGCAGAGUCGGCUGUUCAACACGCCAGACCUCCACCGAGAUGUGUUGCACAGAUCAAAUCUGUAGUUGAUUUGUGGACUACAACUCCACCGUGUCAGGCCUCGGUUUACAGACGGCAUCGCCUCAUCCCGGAGGACGCCUGCACUCCAGUUUAUGGGGUCAUUUACUACCUUCACCAACCUCCGUUCAAGCUGACAGCUUUAUCUUUGCUUUUAGCAAACCUGCAGUUUGGUAAACCAAUGCUUUCCGUCCGGGACAUCCUUACCUGGAACUUGUAGUGCCCCUAUUCACUACGGACCCAAAUUAGCUGCGAUAACAAGGUAGCACUCCUGACCACAGAUAAAGCCUAGAGAUAAAAUGUCAGAAAAUCAGGGCAACGGGAACAACAACGUUCCCCUCAACAAUAAUGUCGGGACGAACAGGAUACGGAACCCCAACAUCAACCAGAACCCACUCAUCAAUGUCCGAGACCGACUUUUUCACGCCCUCUUCUUCAAGAUGGCAGUGACGUACGCCAGGUUGUUCCCACCAUCUUUCAGGCGGAUCUUCGAGUUCUUUGUCCUGCUGAAGGCUCUGUUUGUGCUCUUCAUCCUGGCCUACAUCCAUAUUGCCUUCUCUCGCUCUCCUAUUAACUGCCUGGAGCCGGUCCGGGAGAAGUGGCCCCGUGACGGCAUCCUGCGGGUGGAGAUCCAGAGAAACUCCAGCCGUGCACCCAUUUUCCUGCAGUUCUAUGAGACCGAUGGCUUCCAGGGUCUGGUGAAGGAGGCAGAGCGCGAGCUGGAGCAAGAAGGAGGACUCAGCCUGGCAGCACUGCAGCAGGAGGAGGAGGAGGAGGAGGAGAUGACCAUGGAGCUGUUUGACAACAGCUCCGUGCAGUUUGAGCUGGACAUUGAGCCUCGUCUGAAGCCACCUCUGAUUGGAGGAGGAGCCCGAGGAGCAGCAGGAGGAGGGGGAGGUCUUAAUGACAGCCAGGACCUCUCCUUCGGUCAGGCCCCCACUAAAGUAUGGCCUCAAGAGGAGUAUAUCGUAGAAUAUUCUCUGGAGUAUGGCUUCCUGCGUUUGUCUCAGACCACCAGACAGCGUCUCAACAUCCCAGUCAUGGUCGUCACCCUGGAUCCCAUGAAGGACCAGUGCUUUGGAGAUGGCUUCAGCCGCUUCCUGCUGGACGAGUUUUUGGGAUACGAUGACAUCCUGAUGUCCAGUGUAAAAGCCCUGGCUGAAAGUGAGGAGAACAAAGGGUUCCUGAGGAACGUUGUGUCAGGAGAACACUACAGGUUUGUCAGCAUGUGGAUGGCUCGCACCUCCUACCUGGCUGCCUUCGUCGUCAUGGUGAUAUUUACUCUUUCAGUGUCCAUGCUGCUGAGAUAUUCUCACCAUCAGAUUUUUGUCUUCAUCGUUGACCUGCUGCAGAUGUUAGAGAUGAACAUGACCAUCGCCUUCCCAGCAGCCCCUCUGCUCACUGUCAUCCUGGCUCUCGUUGGCAUGGAGGCCAUCAUGUCCGAGUUCUUUAAUGACACCACCACAGCCUUCUACAUCAUCCUCAUCGUCUGGUUGGCUGAUCAAUAUGAUGCAAUCUGUUGCCACACCAACACCAGCAAACGCCAUUGGCUGAGAUUCUUCUACCUGUACCACUUUGCCUUCUAUGCCUACCACUACCGCUUCAACGGCCAGUACAGCAGCUUGGCCCUGGUCACCUCCUGGCUCUUCAUUCAGCACUCUAUGAUUUACUUUUUCCACCAUUAUGAGCUGCCAGCCAUCCUGCAGCAGAUCCGGAUCCAGGAGAUGCUGCUUCAUAACCAGCAAGGGGCGCAUAACAACCUGAACAACAACAACGCCGCCCCCAGCAACUCCUCAGCUGCCCAGGCUGCGGAUCCCUCACCUGCAGCCCAGCCAGAGGUAGGCAACACCCAGGCAGACCCCCAGAGCGACCCUCAGGCCUCCAUCCAGAGCCAGGCCCUGGUGCCAGCCCAGCCCAGCAACCUGCUGGCAUCCUCUGCUGGUGAGGAGGUCCGCUCAGAGCUGGACUUGAUGGCCCAGACGGCAGCCAUCAUCACCGAGGCCCUGUCCUCCUCAGCCCCCAGCCCCAUGACAGAGAGAAGCGACGGGGCGUCUGCAGGGGUGUCAGCAGGGGGGGAGAGCUCUGCCAUCAGCGUUGUGGCUGAGAUCAGGGUCGGGGGGCCGGUGGAAGGAGGAGAGGGGGGCGAAGGAACAAACAUGAGUCUAAACUUAGUGGCAGAAGAAAUGAAAUCCACUGGAGGCUCCAAUAACAGAAGCACAGAUGAUUCAGCCACGCCUCCUCCACCCAGUCCUCCCAUCAGAGGGCUUCAAGAAGCAGGGGCAUGUCCUCAAGCUGUGAGCCCAGACUCCUUCCAGACAGACUGCCCCCCCCCACAGAUCCCUGCUACAGACUGGGACCCCUGCCCCCCCUCCUAAUACCACACACACACACACACAGGUUGCAGUAGAGCGGGGUGUGGGGCAGGGAAACGAGUAACAGGACGCUUGAAGCAAAAACGUUUUUCUUUUUAGUUUUCCUGGCGGAGGAGAGGAGGCUGCAUCACUCCGCCAUGCUGCCGUGUUCUGUCACUACGCUAAAACUUUUUUCUUUAGUUUUCCUGGCAGAGGAGAGGAGGUUGCAUCACUCCGCCAUGCUGCCGUGUUCUUUCACUACGGUAACGGCUGUUCUCCCUGAAUACCUGACGAAGAUGUGAAACAUGGAGCGGGUAUCAACUCCUCCUCAAUAAAGAGGGAUUGCAUGAUGUGUGAGUGGAGGUGUGUGUGUCUGUGUCCGCGUGUGUGUGUUUGGGGGGGGGGGAAUCAGCAGAGAUGUCUCCAUCACUGGUCCACUUUACUAGCUGUUAGCUUAAAAUUAACUCAAGCAGUCCAAUCUUCCUGCCUUUAGCUAGGUAGUCCACUUACCACCUGUCAUCUUAACCACUGGACUCCCUGUCAGACAGUACCCUGCCAGACAUCACCCCGCCAGACGUUACCCCGCCAAACAUCACCCCGCCAGACGGUACCCCGCCAGACAUCACCCCGCCAGGCGGUACCCCAUCAGACGUUGCCCUGUCAGACGGUACCCCGCCAAACAUCACCCCGCCAGACGGUACCCCGCCAGACAUCACCCCGCCAGGCGGUACCCCAUCAGACGUUGCCCUGUCAGACGUUGCCCCGUCAGAUGGUACCCUGUCAGAUGGUACCCCUGUCAGACGGUACCCUGUCAGAUGGUACCCCGUCAGACGGUACCGUCAGACGGUACCCCGUCAGACGGUACCCCCGUCAGACGGUACCCUGUCAGGCGGUACCUCCCUGUCAGAUGGUACCCCGUCAGCUAACCAGACAUCAACACACAUUCUCUCCAUUCUAAACUCUUGGGUGUAAGCCAGUGAGACUUAGCCCGUCUCUGGUAGUUCUGGUUUCUCUACAGACCAGCUGUGUUAGCCGUCUGUGGUAAACAGGAAGACAGGAUCUCUUAUCGAGACCUCACUGUCAGCUUGUGGACUCUCGAGUCCAGCUUGUAAAGCUUCCACAAUCUGGUCAUAGGUAAUUCGAGUUCAUGAACACGCUGAAAGUACUUGGCCUUGUGGGAACAGCUGUAGCGUAGUUAGCGUUAGCUCUGUCAGCGUUAACAAGACGCCACGUGUCCUCACGCUGAUGCCGAAAAUAUAUGUCCUUGCGGGAACAGCUGUAGCAUAGUUAGCGUAGUUAGCGUAGUUAGCGUUAGCUCUGCCAGCGUUAACAAGACGCCGCCUGUCCUCACGCUGAUACCGAGUUUCAUGUUUCACUUCAAAACCGACACGUCACAUCCAAACACCAUGCAGUUUGACUUUUCAGGUGCGUUGCCAGCCAGUCCAGCGACACACAUAACUUCAUACGAGCAGGUUAGGAAGCAACUCAGUGUGUGUGUGUGUGUGUGUGUGUGUGUGUGUGUGUGUGUGUGUGGUCGUCAUGUGCUUUGGAUUUGCAGAAGUGGAUUCUUAUUGUUUGAUAUUCUGGUAGGUUUGCCACAGCAGCCAGAGUCAAGUGUCUCUGAUAGAGAGGGCAGCACUGACAAGGGAUGACUCUCUUUCCCUCUCUGUCUCGCUCUCGCUCCCUCUAUGUCUCUGUCUGUCUCUUUCGCUCUCUGUCUCUCGCUCUGUGUCUCUCCCUCUCUGUCUCUCUCUCUCUCUUUCUGUCUCUCUUGCUCUCUCUCUGGCCAGACAACUUAUUUUGAGAAUGCCUUACAUAGAUUUUUCCAGACUCUAUAUGUAACAUCAGAGUCCUGACCGGAGACCCAGGAAGGGUUGUUGUACUGCAACACAGAGGAUUAUGGGAUAUUUCACAGACUUGGUGACAGAACUAAACUCCAUAUAUGAAUGUGCCUCCGUGCUGCUGUGUGAAAGGAAAAUAAAUCAACAGUCGCUUUCAUUCAUUGUUGUCGAUAUAAAGAUGAUGAGCCCCAUCAAACUGUAUUUAACCGUCAGUAAACACAUGCAGAAAAGAA